UCGAGGAAGGAAGGCGAGUUGGUUGUCAGUUGCACUUGCACUUGUCUGUCAAAACGUCAGACGACCCAGGUUGUCGGUCGUUGAAGGGAGGUGUCGACUGGUUCAUUUAAUUGGAGAAUCAUUGGAGACGCGGGCACCCGCUGAUAGAACUCCUGUUGAUAACAGCGUCCUCUUCAGCUACGUCCGUCCGGUGUUGACGCUCCAACUUUACAAUGAUGGAUGGUGUUGAAGAUGCUUCAGAGGACUCGCGAAAGGGAGUAAGAUCAGAUACAGUUGACUUAACUGAUAAUUCUUUAGUUGUUGAUAUCUCUGAUGCCCUAAGCGAAAAGGAAAAAGUGAAAUUCACAGUUCAUACCAAGACAACUCUCCCAGAAUUUCAAAAACCUGAAUUUUUAGUGGUUCGCCAACAUGAAGAAUUUGUCUGGUUGCAUGAUAGGUUUGAAGAGAAUGAGGUUUAUGCUGGAUACAUAAUACCCCCAGCUCCCCCUAGGCCUGAUUUUGAUGCAUCUCGAGAAAAACUUCAGAAGCUUGGUGAGGGUGAAGGCUCCAUGACUAAAGAAGAAUUUUCUAAGAUGAAACAAGAACUGGAAGCUGAGUAUUUGGCAACUUUCAAGAAAACUGUUGCCAUGCAUGAGGUGUUUCUUUGCAGACUCGUUAGUCAUCCAAUUUUCCGCAAUGACCACAAUUUGCGAGUGUUUUUGGAAUAUGAUCAGGAUUUGUGUGUUAGAGGGAAGAAUCGAAUGGAGAUGCUGGAAGGCUUCGUAAAAUCUUUUUCAACAACAAGUGAUGAACUUCUACUAUCAGCUACUGUAAAAGAUGUAAAUGACUUUUUUGAACAAGAGAAACUUUUUCUUCUGAAGUAUUACAACCAUUUAAAAGAGGCAACAACAAAGUCAGAUAGUAUGACCAAGAAACACAAAGAUGUGGCUGACUGCUUCAUUAAAGUGCAUACAGGCCUCGUACAGCUCUCGGCUACUGAUCCUGAUCUGGGCAAAUCACUCACUAAAGUUGCUGAAGUAUUUGAAAAAGCUCGGAAAGUUGAGGGAAGAGUUGCUUCAGACGAGGACUUGAAGUUAUCAGAUCUGUUGCGGUAUUAUAUGCGUGACACAUAUGCUGCUAAAAGAUUGCUAUACCGCCGUCUGAGAUGCUUGGCCAAUUAUGAAACUGCAAAUAGGAAUCUGGAAAAGGCUCGUGCCAAAAACAAAGAUGUCCAUGCUGCAAUGGAGGUAGCUGAAGCUGAGACUGCUCAGAAGGUUGCAUGUGAGAAGUUUGAUCAGAUGUCCGAUAAAGGAAAAGAAGAACUCAUGGACUUUAAAACAAGAAGAGUCAUUGCAUUCCGGAAGCAUCUCAUUGAAUUAGCCGAGCUAGAAAUAAAGCAUGCAAAGUCUCAAGUUCAACACUUCAAGAACUGUUUGGCAAGUUUGAGGGAUGAAGAAUAAUCAUGAGAUAAGCAUUGAACAGAUUUUUGAGGAACAAGACUUAUGUGUAUACUUAUUUUUUUAUCAUAGAAUUCAAUAUGCCUGUAUUCUUGAAAUUAUAUUUUAUUGUGAAUGUUAAAACUAAUUGUAAACAUAAUCCAAAGUUAUUCUUGAAAUCAUGCUUGUAACCAAGCCUGUGUUGCUGUAUAUUUUUUUAGUUAUGCAUUUUCCUUUCUUCAAAUUUUUCGUUACUAUUUGAAGUCAACUUUUUCUUGAGGCAGUAUCAAGUUUAGCACUAUUGUAUGGAAUGAGAACAUAACUUUUUGUUUUGUUUUUGGUUUUACAAUGUUGUCCUGACCUCUAAAAGUAUUUGAGGGCAUCUUUUGUUUAUCCUUAUUUCUGUUUUUGUAUGAUACAAUGUAUUUUACUCUGUCAACAUCUUUGUUAGUUAAUGGUGCCUUUACAGUUGGUAUCUUUUUAUUUAAUGGUAUUGAAAACUAUUGUGCAUUCCAUGUUCAUGCAAAAUGUGAUAACUUACUUUGCAAACUUGAUUGAAAUUUUGAUGCUGAACUAUGUGGGGACGCAAACCCAUGUUAGAGGUAGUUUUAGCCUGUUCCCGGUGGUUUUCUGUAUUGAGUACCAAGAAGUUGCCUGCAGUUUUGAGGUUUGUGGGCUUGCUUAAAUGAUCUGUUCCAAUGUGAAAGUGUAUUUGUUCAUACCCUGUAUCAACUAGGGGUGACACAUAAUUUUUCUACAAACCUAGUGUUAUGUCUUUGUUAUAAAUUUGAAUUAUAUAGAAUGUUAUACAUGUUUCUA